AUGUUAAGUUUGAUCGACUUUGGACCAUUCUUGGCUCUCUUCUUUGUUGCUGUCUCGCUUUCUGGAUCCGUGUCCCUGCUCUUCUGCUGCAAAUCAAAAAAGAAGUCAGCAACAAAAAGUCAGAUCCAAAAACAAGCAUUGGUGGAUAACAGAAAGAGCAAAGACAAUCUUCCUCUAAAGGAGGGACCAGCACCAGGAGAAAAACCACCAGCAGCAGCAGCAAAAGGAAGGCAGCAGAAACAGCUAAAAACACCACCGCCUCAACCAGCAAAAGGAGCAGCGAUUGGUGGCGGAGGCGCUGCUGGGAUAAGAACAGCUGCUUUGUUCACACCACCUCCUAAAGCGCCUGUUGUAGCUGAUCCAACGAAGACUGCAGCAACAAAGCAACCAGCAACUCCACCAAAGCCUGCUGCACCAAAACCUUCUGAUAAGUCAAAGAAAGACGUGCGCGCUGGUGUUGCUGUUCCCGACGACGACACUGUUCCUGACACUAAACGAAUGGAGGUUUCUGAUUCGUGGCGUCAAGUUAAAAGUGAAGCAAGCUUAUAAAAUGCCCGAGGAAAUGACACGACGCCGAUUGGACGAUCCAGACUACCAGACCUGGAGGGGAUUGGGGAACAUCUUUGAUGCAUCCAAAAGAACGACAGGAGAUAUGGGAG